UGUGUGUGUGUGUGUGUGAAUGCAUAGCUUGGAAGUUGCAUUGUACAGACAUUGUGCUCUAUAACCAGGUUCAAAGAUUAAGCAAAGUUGAAAACAUCAUGUGCAAACACAGUAGCUUGAUUCCAUGUUUCUUAAAGAAUGUCCUGUUUGCAAAUGACACUGCAAGGUUGUUUAUGAGAUUCCCAGUCCAGGUUAGGGUGAGAGAAGAGAAAUAGCCGGUUAAGUCUAGACUCAAAGGUCACCAACAUUCCUGCCCAUGUGAGUAUAGUUUAUCUGUUGUUUUUCUCCUGUCUGUGUCUGAGAUAGCUCUUGGAAAAGGGGAAGCUGUCUCUGGGAGUAGCUUGAUUUGUCAGUUGCUUUGGAUUGAUGACUGAGCAAGCAGGAAAUGUGAACUGCCCUUCCCAUGUCCUGUAAGCCAGCCCUGUCUUUCUAUUCUGCCAGCCUUUGAUUAGAAUGAAGGUGGGUGAUAUACACAAAUGUCCACAAGAUUGGAUUGCCAAUCUAAGGAGGUCAGGGCAGAACGUGUUUUAAGUUGUGCCUGACAUGUGAUAUCCUUAAGCCGUUUUCUUAACAUGCACUGACCUAAGUAUCUCUGACAGCUCUUUUGCAGAGUCACCAUGUGAAUUAUGAGACAAGGGCUCUUCCUUUGCAUGCUCUGGUUAUAGAGAGGGAUGAGAUGAACAUGUCUGGGCUUGCAGUGGCGUUUCACCUGCUCUGUUUGAUCCACUGGUGUGAUGCUUGCUGGCAGUGAGGGAUGGCGAGACAAAGCAGGCUGGCAUUCUCUAUACACUUUUACUCAUGGCAUAGACCAUUAGGACUCCAUCUGUGCUUUAUGCUAAUAUUGCCACGGAUUCUUUUGCAUUAAUAGUGUGUAAGUUUGCCUCUAAAUUAGCUAAGAACUCGGCAUUCGAUUCAUGAUCCUGAAAGAGAUGCAGAAGAAGAAGAAAAGCGUGUGAAAGGAAAGUGUACAAACGACCAUUUAGUGUCUGUUCAUGAUGUCAUGUGCAUCAUUUUAAAUGUUGUAGUAGCUGCGUUUUUAAAAAGUAAGAAGUAGGAAUAAUUAAUUGUAGUCCCAAAUUAUAUUUAUGUUAUUAAAUAAACAUCUUAAUUUAAUAUUACACAUGCAUAUGUGUGUCUAUCUAUCUAUCUUAGUGGGGUAAUUUACAUGCACACAUCAUUGUACUUUGAAUGUGAACUGUCCCUUUUCCACUGCUCCAGGCUGCGCAUUGUGUGUUUGAAUGCUUUGUUUCCUGUGGGUGGCAUUGUUUGGGAAAGUCAGAGACUCUUUAGGAAGUGGAACCUGUCAGGAGAAGUUGGGUUCCUAGGAGGCAGGCCUUGAGAUUUUAUAGCCUCAACAUACUUCCAGUUCAUGUCUCUUUGCUUUUUGAGUGUUUCUUUUGUUUGUUUUUCUCUGCCAUGAUGGACUGCAUCCCUUUGUAUUUUUGAGCUAAAAAUGAUAAAACCGUUAACUUGCUUUGCCAGGGUGUUUUGUUAGAGCAGUGGGAAAGUAUCUAAGACACCUGCACAAGCAUACGCUAGAUCUUUUAAAUGCUGGGCUUCUUAUCGACUCCCAGCAGACCUUGUUUCCACUUUUCAACCCCCUGUUCCUGUCAGCACCAUGGCAAGGAACUCCUGUCUCGGGGUUAAGAUACUGACAUAGAAAUCAGGGGACAUUGAUGACAGCCCUGGUUUUAGCACUGGGUAACCUUUUGAUGAUGGAUAAACUUAACUUGCCUUUGUGUCUUACUUGUAAUCUUUUGUACUGUCCGUGAGUCAGGAUUGAGUUGAAGUUUUUUUUUUAGUUUGCCUCACGGCCCCCUAAAUAAGGAGCAAUUUGGAGAUGGGACCUGUGCUUAGUAUGCAAAGGUCACGUUACUUCCCUACAAUGACUAAAAAUAAAUAAAUUAACAUGUUCUGUGUAUAUGAGAAGAAAAUAGAACUGGAGCCUCAGGAGUGUAUGUGUGUGUGUGUGUGUGUGUGUGUGUGUGUGUGUGUGUGUGUCCCUAUAUGCUUCACGUUCAUGCAGUACCCAUGAGUUUCAGAAGAGGGCAUCAGAUUCCCAGUAGCUGAAGUUGCAAGCAGCUAUGAACUGCUCAGUGUGAGUACUGAGCACUCCCCUCUGGUCCUCAAAUGAGUAGCAAGUGCUCUCAACUGCUGAGUCAGCCCUCUCUCCAAUGGUCAUGCACGGGGGUUUGCCAUCAGUGUGGUGGAGAAAAGCUAAGCCUGCAGUGUUUCAGCCUCUUUUCCUUUGAGAACUUGGAGUGCUUGGGGUCUUAGCUCUGAUACCACUUAAGGGUUAAAAACUAAGUAAAGCAUGAUCUCUAAGACGUUGCUAAGGCAAAAUAUUCUCUUGUUACCAUUUUAUGAAAUUUUCCUGAAAGAAGUCCUGCAGCAGAUCUAUCCCCCCCCCCCCUUCCAGUGAAGUUGUUACCAUGACUACGAGUCUUGGUUGUUUCCUUUAGCCUAGUGGGAAUCCCUUCAGAAGUGCAUGGAGUUCCUCAGAUAUGAGAAGCAAUAGUUCUAGGUAUUAGGAUCAGGCCCACGAAGCAAGAGCUCAUGGAUGGCUGCUAACUCACAAUAGGGGUUUGUUUAAAACCCAUUUAAUUCAAAACCCAAAGCCUGGUAGGUCUUUAUUUUUGAGUCAUGGUCCUUGUAAUCAGCUGGGCCCAGGGAUCUGGGUGCUCUUGUUACUGAAUCUUCUGGCUUGGUGUUUUUCUGGUGAAUGUAAAACUGAUCACAGCUUCAAUCGAUAUAAAGACUGAUAAUGUUUCUCCAUAUCAUACAGCUGAGCCCUGGUAGAAUCAACAAAUGGAAAAGAAGCUAUUAUAUCUUGGUCCAGUGGAGGUGAACCUAUUUAAGGCAGUUUUGUCUUGGUAAUGAAAGGAUUGCAUCAUCCUCACCCCAUACCUCACCUAGUGUUUGUCUGUGUUACUCAUUUGAAGAUAAGAAAGUGACAUUUUUUGGGAAUGGUGUACUUACAAGAAGCUGGGUGUUCUCAUUUCUCUAUAGGAUGUUCCCAGGAAGUCUUAUAAAAGUUUAUUCUGUCUUUAUAUUUAACACAAUCACAAGAAAAUUGUCUCAGCAAGAUCUAACACAGAUCUCAGUAGCUAUUGAUGAGUUUUAGUAGCGAUCAGAAACGUCACUUCUCUGGGUCCAACCCGUGUUAGAAAAAGCAGUUAACUAAUAGUACUCCAAGUGAAGGAAGGAGGAGAGCCCCCAGUUUAUAACAUAAAGCACAGUCACUUUCACAAUGAGUUAAUGGGAAAAAAUAUUCUCCAAGCCCAUGGGGUUCUUUGGUCCAAAUAGUUUUUGCUCAGCAUUUGGCACCAGUCUUCAUGUAGGGCUCUAGGUGAAGAGAGAAAAAGCAAAUACAUGUGACCUUUGAAAGGCUGGUAGUUUUUUCUGUGAAGCCAAAAGGUGCACAAAUACACAAAUAUUAGUCCACUCUUAUUUUUGUUCUGGAAAACUUCUCCCUGGCCUUCAGCCUCUCUGUAUAUCAUUAUUGGCACCAUGGUAGUCCAUCUUGGCUCCUGCAGGCUUUGCCAUCUGUCUGACCGCUGAGAGGCCCGGUCACACCAGCCUUCCUUUCUGCCAGUGGGAACUGGGGCCCUACUAUUGGCUGUUUCCCUCUGUUUCCUCUUCCUGUUGAUACUGUUUGGAAACAGCCCCCAAACCUCACAACAUGUGGCUUUACUUCAGCCAAACCUAUUGGCUAAAGGCUCUUGCUGCCCAAGCAGGGCAAUCUGAGUUUGUUCCCUGGAACCCAUGUAUAAGAGGAAGUAGAGAUCCCACUCCAGGAAACUUCCCUCUGACCUCCAUGGGCAUCUCUACCCAGGUCCAAAGACACACAGAGACACACAGACACACACACACACAGACACACACAGACACACACACACAGAAACACACACAGAAACACACACACACAGAGAAACACACACACACACACACACACAUGAUAAAAUGUAGACACUAGAGAGUGAAGAAUGGAACGUCAAGUGUUCAGUUCAUUUUGGCCAUUGAGAAAGCUGAAGUCUGAAAGUCAAAUUCCACAAAGGGCCCUGUCCUGGGUUUCUUUUUUGUGUCUCACCUUAGAUAUUCAGUGAAUUUCCCAUUGAAUCCUUUGCUCUAUAUAAAUUCAACAAGGUCACCACUUUCAUCCCUCUGACAGGCAUCCUCUGUCCAUCCUGUGUACCUAUCCAUCUACUUGACACCUUCACAGAGCCACUUAAGCAUUCACAAUUACAAAACUUGAGCCUUGGGAAAUGACUUAUUAAAACCAACCAACCAACCAAACAACAACAACAACAACGUCGGCAACAACACAGCUCUUGUCCUUGCCCCAAGAAUCUUUUUGAAGUCUCUGCUUUUACACUCAUCCUAUCAUCUAUCAGAUGCCCUCUUGAGUUAUGAGUCGGUAACUUUGAGGAAUGGCCAGUAUGAUAUCUGUGAAUCUUAAAACAUACAUGAAGGCUCAGGUUAAAAAAAAAAAAAAAAAGCAAACAAAAAACCAACCAACCAACCAAACGAACAAACAACCAAACAAAAAAAAAAAAAAAAAUUCGGGAGACAGACAAAUCUGCUAGUUUGAGAGAGGCAUAAAAACAUAGUGAGAUGCUGUCUCCAAAAAAAAAAAAAAAAAAAAAAAAAAAAAAAAGGGUGACCACUGACUUGUCUCUGUGCUUUCUUUAUUCCAGGGUGUGUAUACAUAGUCAAGUGUUUGUGGUGGUCAGAGUUCAGCUUUUCGUGCAGUGCCUCCGGAACUGGCCACCUGUUAUUUCAGAUAGAAGUUCUCUUUCUGGGACUCACAGAUUGAGGUUCACUGUAAGGCUGGCUAGUUCACCAGAGAACCUGAUGGAUCCUCUUGUGCAGGAGUGUCAGCUUUUUCCGUUCCAUUUCCACCAAGUCACCGGCUGACAGCAAAGGAAGUGUUUGAUAAUGAUGGGAAACCUCGUGUGGAUAUCUUAAAAGCACAUCUCAUGAAGGAGGGCAGGCUGGAAGAAAGUGUUGCAUUGAGAAUAAUAACAGAGGGUGCUUCGAUUCUCCGACAGGAAAAAAACUUGCUGGAUAUCGACGCACCAGUCACAGUUUGUGGGGACAUCCAUGGACAAUUCUUUGACUUGAUGAAGCUCUUUGAAGUGGGAGGAUCUCCUGCCAACACUCGCUACCUCUUCUUAGGGGACUAUGUUGACAGAGGGUACUUCAGUAUCGAAUGUGUGCUGUAUUUGUGGGCCUUGAAAAUUCUUUACCCCAAAACACUGUUUUUACUUCGCGGAAACCAUGAAUGUAGGCACCUCACAGAGUAUUUCACGUUUAAACAAGAAUGUAAAAUAAAGUAUUCAGAACGCGUUUAUGACGCCUGUAUGGAUGCCUUCGACUGCCUUCCCCUGGCUGCGCUAAUGAACCAGCAGUUCCUGUGUGUACACGGUGGUUUGUCUCCAGAGAUUAACACUCUAGAUGACAUCAGAAAAUUAGACCGAUUCAAAGAACCACCUGCUUAUGGGCCCAUGUGUGACAUCCUAUGGUCAGACCCCCUGGAGGACUUUGGAAAUGAGAAGACUCAGGAACAUUUCACUCACAACACAGUCAGAGGCUGUUCGUACUUCUACAGUUACCCAGCUGUGUGUGACUUCCUGCAGCACAAUAAUUUGUUGUCCAUACUCCGCGCCCACGAAGCCCAGGAUGCAGGGUACCGCAUGUACAGGAAAAGCCAAACAACAGGCUUCCCGUCUCUAAUUACAAUCUUCUCGGCACCAAAUUACUUAGAUGUGUACAAUAACAAAGCUGCAGUGUUGAAGUACGAGAACAAUGUGAUGAACAUCAGGCAGUUCAACUGCUCCCCGCAUCCGUACUGGCUCCCAAAUUUCAUGGAUGUUUUCACCUGGUCGCUGCCAUUUGUUGGGGAGAAAGUGACUGAGAUGCUGGUCAAUGUUCUCAACAUCUGCUCCGACGAUGAACUGGGGUCAGAAGAAGAUGGAUUUGACGGAGCCACGGCCGCAGCCCGGAAGGAAGUCAUCAGAAACAAGAUCCGAGCAAUAGGCAAAAUGGCCAGAGUGUUCUCAGUUCUCAGAGAAGAGAGUGAGAGUGUCCUGACACUGAAGGGCCUGACCCCAACUGGCAUGCUCCCCAGCGGAGUGCUCUCUGGCGGGAAACAGACUCUGCAAAGCGCUACUGUUGAGGCUAUUGAGGCUGAUGAAGCCAUCAAAGGAUUUUCACCACAACAUAAGAUCACUAGCUUCGAGGAGGCCAAGGGCUUAGACCGAAUUAACGAGAGGAUGCCACCUCGCAGAGACGCCAUGCCCUCUGACGCCAACCUUAACUCCAUCAACAAGGCUCUCGCCUCAGAGACUAACGGCACGGACAGCAAUGGCAGUAAUAGCAGCAAUAUCCAGUGACCACUUCCUGUUCACUUUUUUUUUUUUUGAGCUGCAGGGCAUGAUGGGAUUGCUGCAUCUCAGCAGUUGGAUGUUCUUGCCUCUGAAGGUAGCUUGUUUGCUCUGGGGGCCAGGAAUUGGAUUCAGUUUACACUAUCAUGAAAAAUAAAAAUAAAAAAAGAGGGAGAGAGAUAAUAAACUAUAUUUUGGUGAGGGUGGUGAUUAAACACCUCUUUUGGGUAUGCCUUUAAAAAAUGCUUCUAGGGAAAAAAAGUUUUAAAAAGAAAGCUAAUGCUAGUCUAUACUGCAAUGUUAGGGGAAUGAACGCGUUUUCCUACUGCACUGGGGACUUUUAGAUAGGUUAAUGAAAGGCCUUUUAUUCUGUUACUGGACACGAAAACUUUGUCUAAUUUCUUAUACUCUAUUGUACGUUUACAGUCGCAGCACUAAAAUGGAAGACAUCAAACAUUUUUAACAGAAAAAAAAAAAGAUGUAAAAACUAACUAAGGACUAUUUAUUGAUAAUGUUUUGCUACUCCUGUCAGACAAUGGCUAUAAACUGAAUUAGGCAGUCUUAAAAAAAAAAAAAAGAAAAAAAGAAAAAAGAAAAAAAGAAAAGAAAAAGAAAAAAAAAACCUGGAAAAAAAAGAAUGUUGCAAAUUUGUUAAAAUGCCAAAAAAUAAAAAAUAAAAAAAAAUACGACAGUUUAAUUUUGUAUAGAUCAUGCUUACCUCAGGUUUCUUUAGUUUGCUUGAAUGCCCUUCUUUCCAUAGAACAUUAUUAAUUUGGCAGUGAAUACAUUUUCUUUAAGUUUUAAAAAAACUGGAAUAAUUAUACCCAUCUUUUUUGCUGUUUAUAUUUAGGGGUUUUGUUGAUAAAUCAAGUCUUGGUUGUGGCUUGCUGAAUUCAAUAUUUAUGAGUGGUGCAUUUUUAAGUAUAGUGAACACGACACCAUAGUGCAGUGAUGAAGCCUCUAUAUUCUGUAAAAAACAAAAACAAACAAAAAAAUUCUGCCUAUGCAUGUUUUUUAAGGAAAAAAAAAUAAAAUAAAAUGGCUGUACCGGCCUGUAUGGACUGUAACGCGCUUCGUGGCCUGACAUUUACUGGAAAUGUAUGUAUACUGGCGUGUGCUUUAUAUUCUCGAAAAUGCUUAAUGCCUUUGAAAUUUUGUAAUCAAAACAAAAGCUUUGAAAAAAUCUAAAGGGGAGAGUAUUCUUAAAAGUUUUUAACAUAAGCUUGUCAGUGCACACAUAGAUGGUUGGCAUGUUUAGCAAACUUUGUGAAAUUUAAAUAAGUUUGUAGUUACAUGUGUAACUCUAAAUGCAUGGUAACCGUUAAUGUCAUACCAGUUUAGUUAUGUCGUUCUGUUCUGUCAUGUGCCACAAAAUACGUACUUUUUUCACUUUUUUUCCCUUUGUAUAUUAGUUACGGGUUACUACUGGUUCAUUCUGAAAACAACAACCAACCACAAAAGUCCAUUCAUAUUUUUUAACAAUUGUCUAAGUGCCCAGGUCAUUCACUACAGCCUCAAGCCUUGCCUUUGUAAUUUGACUUCGGAAAUGUUGACGAUCAAAGCAUGCACCUGUACCAAUGACAAAGAAAAAGCAUUUUAUAUUACUACUCAAUAAAAUGUGCAUGAACUUAAAGAAUGCGCAUCCUUUCACUGAGUCUGCUCAAGGGGAUGUUGUGCACAGCCACCAUGGUGUCCUCUGGGUGCUGGCCCUCCACCACCCUGCACACUUAGGGUAGGCUGCUUCCCAAGGGCCUCAUGAUCCAAGGAGUGGUACCCACUUCUGCUGUAAAAGUCGUGGUGGGUUUGUGUCUCAAAAAAAUCAGGCAAGAGAAGUCUACUUACAGAGCAAAUGCCAUCUUCUGGCUCCCUUACAUGAAGGACUGAUUUAAGAAACCAGACCAUUCCUUUACUUUGAAAACAAUAGUCUUCAAUUGGUUGUCAGGUUGUUUUGGUUGUAUGGGACACCUCCCAGCUCCAGCAAAAAGCACUAGUCUCCUAAGCCCAUUUCCAACCCAGACGGGCUGUGUUUAUACUGAUAAGAAGUUUGUAUUCACGUGCUUUUUAGUUGUUAUCCUGCGGAGAUUUAGAAGGCACCACAUUUCAGUUUGUUUCUAACAUUGUUCAUUUUUCACUGCACUUUGUUUAUGUAAUAAAUUAUGCCUAUUAUAUUAAGUAAUGAGAGUGUGGCGAUUAAUAAUAAAGUGUACCAAAACAAAGAUAUAUUCGCUGACAAAAACCUCCCCGUGGUUAUUUGAAGGAGUCAAAACGUUUCUCCUGUGGGUAUUUCCCCACAAACGUGACAUCCAAGGAAAACAGAUGCAACUUGCUAGAAUGCUGUGAAAGAAAUGAUCAUUCUUCUAUCAAUGUGUGUGUUUUCUUUCUUCUAACUACAGAGAAAAUAUCCCCCCAAAAUAUUAAUAAUGAUCAGGGUUUUUUUUGGAUUCCUUUCUUUUGCAAAUUGUGCUAAGGAAACUAUGGCAUAGAAAUAAACAUUUGACAUUGAAAUAAG